CGCGGCCCAAAUUGGAUUCCAAGCCCUAGCGAUUCCCCGGUUCGUUCGAUCGGUCGUACCCCGCGCCAUCCUUCCCUCGCGGCGACGCCGGUCAUCCCGCGGCGUCGGCCCUCCCUGAGCCGUCGUCUCGCGCCCUCUCCUCCGACGUGUCGACUUCCGAGGUUGUGACGUAGCUGGUGCAUCCAUCCCCUGGCAAGUCUUUCGAUACAGACAUUACUAAUGAAGGUAUCUAGGACUGCUCAGAUCAGACUAGUCAGUUGCCACCCAGAGGUGUAUGAGCCAUGCGAUGACUCAUUUGCGCUGGUUGAUGCACUAUUAGCUGAUCGAGAGCAUCUGAUAGAGCACCGGCCAAGCUUAUGCAUGGAACUGGGCUGUGGAAGUGGCUAUGUAAUCUCAUCUUUAGCCAUCAUGCUUGGUGAACUAGGCUGCGGGGUCCAUUAUUUUGCAACAGACAUUAAUCCAGAUGCAGCUCAAGUAACUCGUGAAACACUUGAAGCUCAUGGGUUGCACGCUGAAGUCAUCUCGACCGAUAUUGCAUCUGGUCUUCGGAAACGCCUUGCGGGCAUGAUUGAUGUGGUUGUUGUGAAUCCUCCCUAUGUGCCUACUCCCGAGGAAGAGGUUGGUUGCAAGGGGAUCGCAGCUUCAUGGGCUGGAGGAGAGAAUGGUCGUACGGUGAUCGAUAGAAUCUUUCCUGUCGCUGAUGAACUGCUGUCAGAAAAAGGUUGGCUAUAUAUGGUCACUCUAACUGCGAAUAACCCCACACAGGUUUGCCGAAUGAUGAAAGAAAAGGGCUAUGCAUCACGGAUUAUCGUGCAGAGGUCCACAGAAGAAGAGAGCCUUCAUGUUAUUAAAUUUUGGCGGGAUGGUGUCAUCGCAAACAGUGCUGAAGGUUCAGAUUCUUGGUUGUCACAGUUUCCAUUCAAGUCUUUCUGGCGAAGUAGUGGAACCAGUGCUUGAGUUUGGUUCUGAAAACUGACAAACUCCGGAUCCUUUGUGGCUGUUCAACAGCUGGUGCAAUUCAUAUCCUCUUAUGUCCUACAAGAGCUUUUCGGCAAUAGUUUUGUUGGUCGAUGGCUAACAAUGUUUCCAAAACGAUCUUGAUAAUAGUCUGUGGAUAAAAGCUUACUCAUCCAAUUUGGUGCCA